AAGCAGUCUCCUCACAUCUGUGCGCAGCGGUGCGAGAGAGAGAGAGAGAGAGAGAGAGAGAGAGAGAGAGCGCAGAUCUCCUCUGAGCGCCUCGUUACUUAUUUGUCGCCCAGUUUUCCUGCGCUCUCGUGCUGUUUGCAAAACCUCAGACUUCACUGAAAUCCCAACAGCAGCUCCACCUUCCAGGGAUGGAGUUCUCCACUCUUCUUCCCGAGCAUCUGGGCGAUUACAGCGAGCACUACCCGGCCGCCGCGACUCCCUUCAACGCGUCGUAUGUCGAUGAUGUGCUCCUCGUGCCCGCAAAAAGUAACGAGACCAGCGGCUCCGCGACCAACAACACUGCGCGCCUCGUCAUCGCCGUUUGCAUCACGGCUCUGUACUCGCUCAUCUGUCUGGUGGGGCUGCUGGGAAACGUCCUGGUGAUGUACGGUGUGGUCAGAUACACCAAGAUGAAGACGGCCACCAACAUCUACAUCUUCAACCUGGCUCUGGCCGACGCGCUGGCCACCAGCACCCUCCCGUUCCAGAGCGCCAACUACCUGAUGCGCACGUGGCCCUUCGGCGAGCCGCUGUGCAAGGCGGUCAUCGCCAUCGACUACUACAACAUGUUCACCAGCAUCUUCACGCUCACCAUGAUGAGCGUGGACCGCUACGUGGCCGUGUGCCACCCGGUCCGGGCCCUGGACUUCCGCACGCCGGCCAAGGCCAAGCUCAUCAACGUGUGCAUCUGGAUCCUGUCCUCGGCUGUGGGGGUCCCCGUGAUGGUCAUGGCCGUCACCAGGACCGAUGCAGGGAGAACUGCCUGCACGCUGAGUUUCCCCACGCCCGACUGGUACUGGGACACGGUGAUGAAGAUCUGCGUCUUCAUCUUCGCCUUCGUGGUGCCCGUCCUGGUCAUCACCAUCUGCUACGGCCUGAUGAUCCUGCGGCUCAAGAGCGUGCGCCUGCUGUCCGGCUCCAAGGAGAAGGACAGGAACCUGCGGCGCAUCACGCGCAUGGUGCUGGUGGUGGUGGCGGCCUUCAUCGUCUGCUGGACCCCCAUCCACAUCUUCAUCAUCGUCAAGACCAUGGUGGACAUUGACAGCAGGAACCUUGUGGUGAUGGCGACCUGGCACCUGUGCAUCGCGCUGGGCUACACCAACAGCAGCCUCAACCCCGUGCUCUACGCCUUCCUGGACGAGAACUUCAAGCGCUGCUUCAGGGACUUCUGCCUGCCGCGGCGCUCGCGGCCGCAGCGCGGCAGCUUCACGCGGGCGCGGAACAGCGCGCGGGAGCCCGCGUCCGUCUGCGCCCCCGCUACGACGGAGACGCCGCCGGCGUGACUAGGCAUGGCCCGGUGGGGAGGGGGGGCCGUUCAGGAUGACCUCCAGACGGAGGUCACGCAGUUCUCCACAACUGGAAUGUGACUGCGGAGCUGCACACGUCUGACUGAGUCAAUGAUGAAUCCCUCGUUUACCUACGCUUAAGAGACACAGUCUUUCUGGAUGUUCUACUACACACACGCACACACACACGCACGCACGCACACACGCACGCACACACACACGCACGCACACACACACACACACACACACACACAUUCUGUUCUGGCUCUAUGUCAUCAUGUCAUCGUGCUGACUGGGCUCUAGCAGAGUUCACAUCCAUAUUAGGACAAGCUCGCAGGACUCACAGAUGUGUGUACACAGUCACGCAGUGAUCAGAUCGUCAGGACAUUGAUCCUAAACAUGGAGAAGGCGACGGAGAAGCCAAACGCAGUUUAUAGAUGAGGUGCAGAAGAACUUGGGAAAAGCCCUAAAAGUACAGACACAGGCCUGGUAGAGCAUUGGCCCCUUCACCGACGCUGCUGUGUUAAUUCUGCAUAUUACAUGUGAUAUUAUAAAUGACUUAAUCUCAUUUUCCUUUGACAAAUAUGUUAUAUAUAAAUUAUAAAUGUAAUAAUUU